AUGAUGCGCAGAACUUUGCUUUCGUUUUGGGGUUUGUGGUGCGUCAUAGCACUCGUGCAGUCUGCGUUCGCGCGUCCACAAGCUGGUACGAUCCAAGAGCUGCUGGAAGCUCCGGCUUCUCAGUACGUAGAGAAUAUCUUUGUCGACGGUGUGGUUGCACUCUCAACUGCGGCAGGGUCCGUACAGGCAUAUGAAGGGACACGGAAUCCGUUGUUGAACUCUGUCGGCUCGGCUGCUUUGUAUUUCACGUUGAAGAAGUGCGCGAUUCUGGAGCCGCACGUUCACACCAAUACACCCGAGUUCUAUUUCGUCAUUUCCGGUACGGGCACCUUCAGCCUUUGGUCCUCGAACGGCUCUGUUGUCCACCUGAAGACGCCCAUAACCAACGGGAGCUUCAUGAUAAUCCCGGCCGGGUGGCCGCACAUGAUCACCGGGCCGGAGACAUCAUCGACACCGUUGGUGCUCCUCGCCAACUAUCUGAGCGGUCUUCCACAGGUCUAUUUCCUUGCGAGCCGGGCAAGCGUCUUUGAACAAACCUCACCAUCUGUGAUGGCAAGCGUGUUCAAUGUCUCGACAGCGGAGUACUCGACGUUCUUCGGCGCUGAAUCCGGCGUCGGGAUCGUCUUUAACUCGUCGUGUCUGGCGAGCUAG